AUGGCAUGUAUCUCUGCGUCCUCCUUCGGAAAUAUUAACAUUUUAAGCAGUGGAAUACCAGCAAAGCGAGAGCAGCGUGGCGCAGUGGAAGCGUGCUGGGCCCAUAACCCAGAGGUCGGUGGAUCGAAACCACUCGCUGCUAAUCGUUUUUCUGCUCCACCAUGUCGUUGGACUGCUUCCUUAGUUAAUCAUUGUAUCUCUGCGUCCUCCUUCGGAAAUACUAAAAUUUUAAGCAGUGGAAUACCAGCAAAGCGAGAGCAGCGUGGCGCAGUGGAAGCGUGCUGGGCCCAUAACCCAGAGGUCGGUGGAUCGAAACCACUCGCUGCUAAUCGUUUUUCUGUCCUCCAUGUCGUUGGACUGCUUCCUUAG